AUGACAACUCCGAACAGCUUGGUAAAGAGCUCUCUCAUCACAGCCUUUCUUGCAUUAGUGAUUCUUUCUUUCUGUAGCUCCACCUUCCUUCAUGCCUUUCCAAUCAAUUCAUUCCGAGCAAGAGGUUCCUCUGCUGCCAUAAAUGAUCGUCCAAUUAUUGGUAUUAUGGCACAACCAACCGGAUCUACUCUGGGUCGAUUCGGAAAGACCUAUAUUGCUGCUUCCUAUGUCAAAUGGAUUGAAUCUGGAGGUGCUCGUGUGGUUCCCAUUCCCUAUAAUUUACCAGAGAGUGAAUUGAGAAGAUUAUUCGAGUCGUUGAAUGGUGUGGUAUUUCCAGGAGGUGGUACUGAUCUCACCAAUGAUGAUGGUAGUUGGACACCAUAUUUAAAGAGUUUGGGAUUGUUUGUAAAUUGGUCCAUUCAAUCAUUUAAUAAUGGAGGAGAUUAUUUUCCAAUAUGGGGAACAUGUCUUGGAAUGCAAAGUUUGUCAAUUAUUUUGAGUGGAAAUCCAUAUAUUCUUGAAGGUGGUUUUGACAGCUAUAAUAUUAGUAUGCCACUCAAUUUUACACAUUCCAUUCCUGAAACGAGACAAAUUAGUAGAAUUUUCAAUACCUGUCCAUUGUCGUACAUGACUACUUUGACUACAAAGGCUGUCACACUCAAUAAUCAUCAUUAUGGUGUACCUAUUGCAAAUUGGAAUUCCAAUCAAAAAAUCAAUACUGAGAAUAAUUUAUUAGCCACCAAUAGAGAUCGAAAGGGAAGAGAAUUUGUUUCACUUUUUGAAAAUAAGAGAUAUCCAUUCUUUGCAUCUCAAUUCCAUCCUGAAAAGAUUGCUUUUGAAUGGUGCCACGAAGAUAUUGAUCACUCCUAUGAUAGUUUACUCGCUAAUCAAUACUUUUCUCAAUUCUUUGUGAAUGAAUGUAGAAAGAGCCAACAUCAUUUCAAAACAGAAUCAGACGAACUUAGGGCUCUCAUUUACAAUUACACUCCAGUGUAUACGUAUCCUGUAGAGCCAGAUUUUGCUCAAUGUUAUUUCUUUUAA